AUGACCAGAAAAAUUGUGACCAAAAGCUGCGCUGGCCUGCGUUCCUGUGUCUCGAGCUUCGAUGACAGACCGGGCCAUUUUGUGGCGCCUUGGACAUACGACUCCGUCAGUCGCGCGGACGCUGUACAGAUGUUAGCGCAGGCCAUACAGGGCCUCGGAGGUGAUGUGCAGAAGGUAGAAAAUGCCGUCUCGUAUGGCUAUGUGUACGCCACGUGGACGACAUGGCCGGGCACGGAUGACGUAGAGUUCUUCCUGCCGGAUGGGGAUACCACGGUGCUCGUGCGCUCGGCAGCUCGGCAACAGGGCGUACCUGACUGGGGCCGUAACGAGCGCAGGCUGGAGCAGGUCCGGCUGGAGCUAGGCUGGGAGCCUGUACCCAUCCUGCGAAACCGACGGCGGGCGCUCUUCUUCGUAGAGUCGCCUUGGGACAGCUUCGGCCCUGUGCCGCCCACGGAUCCUGACUAUCGGUACGAUGUAGACCUAGAUUCAGAGCAGUGA